GUGUGACGCAGAGGAGCAGCGGCUGAUCGGGGCUGCAUGGGUGUGCAUCACACAAAGCAUGAGUUUGACAAAAUACAACCUACAGCAGACAGACAGACUGAACUGCCUUGUGUUCACUGAUGUAUUGGGUUACAAUAUCUGCAACUUUGCUGUAUUUUUGCGCAAAAUCCAGAUCGUCUACUGGAGUCGAUAUAACUGCUCUAGUAACGGAUUGAUCAACGCUUCUCAUUCACAUUUUACGGCAUGACAUGUAGAUAAUCAUCCGAUACUUUGAUGGGGCUCCUGAGGAUCAUGAUGCCGCCCAAGUUCAUGCUCAUGGCUGUUCUGGCGUUUGGAGUGGCGAUGCUAUUUAUCGAGAACCAAAUUCAGAAGCUGGAAGACUCUCGGGCAAAGCUGGAACGCACCAUGGCCAGACAUGAGGUGCGAGAAGUAGAGCAGAGACAAACGCGAGACAGCCUGCUGGACUUGCCAGUGAUGGCUGAGAUUGAGGAUCUUGUCAUCAUCUAUAACCGUGUACCCAAGACUGCCAGCACCUCCUUUACCAACAUUGCAUAUGAUCUGUGCGGAAAGAAUCGUUUCCAUGUUCUCCAUAUCAACACCACUAAGAACAACCCAGUCAUGUCCAUGCAGGACCAGAUGAGGUUUGUGAGGAAUGUGACAUCCUGGCAAGAAAUGAAACCAGGUUUCUACCACGGCCAUAUUGCCUACCUGGACUUCACAAAGUUUGGGAUCAAGGGAAAGCCGGUUUAUAUCAACAUUGUGCGAGACCCCAUCGAGAGGCUCGUGUCUUACUAUUAUUUUCUCCGGUUUGGUGAUGAUUACCGACCCGGUCUCAGACGAAGAAAGCAGGGAGACAAAAAGACAUUUGACGAGUGUGUGUCCUCUGGAGGUUCUGACUGUGCUCCUGAGAAGCUCUGGUUACAGAUUCCAUUCUUUUGUGGUCAUUACUCUGAGUGCUGGAACGUUGGCAGUAUGUGGGCUCUUGAACAGGCCAAGUAUAAUUUGGUGAACGUGUAUCUUCUGGUUGGAGUGACAGAAGAAUUGGAGGAUUUUAUCAUGAUGCUUGAGGCAGCACUGCCACGUUUCUUCAAAGGAGCUACUGAUCUCUACCGCACAGGUAAGAAGUCUCACCUAAGGAAAACUAGUGAGAAGAAACCCCCCACUAAAGAGUCCAUCUCAAAGUUACAGCAGUCCAAUAUAUGGAAGAUGGAGAACGAGUUCUUCGAGUUUGCGCUGGAACAGUUUCAGUUUGUACGUGCUCACAGCGUCAGGGAAAAGGAUGGAGAACUCUACCUACUGGCUCAGAACUUCUUUUAUGAGAAGAUCUAUCCAAAAGGAAACUAAGAUCAAAAGACAUUAGAGUGACUGAAACCGUGUUAUAACUGUACCAUUUGGCCUGGUUAUGUACUUUUCUGUCAUGCACUCAGCAGAGAAGAUAACGUCUAGUAUAUGGACACAAAUGUACGUCCUAGGAAAGCCAGAGGGUGUUAGACAUCUGGGCUCGCAGUGUGCUUAAAUUUAAGCUACUCUUGUGGAGUGCUGAGUGGCUAUCAGGCCCAUUUGAGUUCAGUAUCCUUUUAAGGACUAUCAUGUAACAAAGUAGAAUCUUCUGUGAACAACUUGAAAGCAAAAUUAAAAAAAAGAGCCGUUUAACAUUUUUAUCAUGCCUUCCAGAAGAUAAUGAGUCUGAACUGUAAGGCCAUCAGACACUGUUAUGAAAGUUACAUCUUGAACAGGGUACAGCUCUUCGUACCAGACAUUUGGUAUAUUAGAAGCACCUCUUUAUUUUACUACUAACCAUGGCAUUGUGAAUUUUCAACACUUUCUUCAUUAUGUAUAUUCAUUUUUAAUAGAAUGCCAUGAGCAGUGUUUGUUUUUCAUUUUAGUAAAAGUAUUGUAGCAAAGGACAAAAUGUGGUCAAAUGUAGUUCAUAUCUGUAUAAAUUGUAUUUACAUAUAUAUUUUAUGUAAUUCAACCAAAUGGUGAGAUGUAGAAUUUGAUCGUUUACACUUAGAAUUACAAUUUAGAAAAUAUGUCUGUUUAGUAAUCAUUUUUCCUUUAUUUUUGUUGCAUCUGCCAGACUCAGAAAUACCAGAUUAAUGCAGAGCAAUGAACAGAAAUGAGUAAAUCAAGGACAAGAGCUUGAAAUAUACUUAAAUUUCCCAGUUUAUACAGCAGAUUUAUGUGUGUAAACGAUCUAUAGUACAGUAUUAUCCCGUAGCAAAGAUUCAUGAUCAAGGUAACUCUGGCCGUUCCUCAUUAUGCAUUAUGCGUAACCCGCUUGAAAUCCCAGAAGUCACUGUGGCGCAUCCAUCCAAGUUCAUUCUUCCCAGGCUGCCUCGCAAGACCGGUCUCCACGUUAACACAAGUUCGUCCUUUGGGUUUUUGGAAUUAAGAAACGGCCUUGGUCUCACUACUGCUCUUAGCAUUCAUAAUUAGACCUCCUGUGAAUUGACUGAGCCUGUUGCUUACUGUCAUAGUUAACCUAUAGUAUCAGAAGACAUCGAGCCUCAUUAACAUCUAGCUUUGUCUUUAAAUGUCUUUUGGGUAACAUCAGUACACUCUACCGUGCCUUCAUGAAUCUGUUUACCACACCAUGGAUUUGGAUACUGUCUGUAUUUUUAGUUGUCCGUUUUAGUUUUUUAAACAGCCAGCUUGAUUUUGUACUUGUUUUUUUUUUCCUUUUUUCCACAGUAUUUCAAAUAAACUUCGCUGUCUGUGAGACCA